GCCCAGAUCUCCACAUUCUCCAGACACCUAACCUAGGAACUUAGUACUAGAGGGGUUUGCUCUAAGUUGAGUCGACGGAUUCCUAAGGAGAACAUCACAUCGUAUACUUAUAUUCGAAUUACAAAGAUCUCAGUUGUGAGAACACCUGCAAAAUGUUAUACAUAAUACCAGAAGUUCAGACCGCCGCCGUGAUCAUAAAUCCGGGGCCGAGUGGCCGCAUGAUCAUACGAAACGAUGUGCUAGUUGGUAAGCCAGGUGCCAACGAAGUUUUGGUGAAGUUAUCGUAUAGUGGAAUCUGCGGCUCGGAGAUCCGCGCCGUCCUCGGGUACGGCGCCUAUCAAGACGUCGUGGGCCACGAAGGCGUGGGCACGGUCGUACAGACUGGUGAGAACGCCGACGCGUCGCUUCUGGGUGCCAGAGUGGGUGUCAAGUGGCUCUACAGCGCCUGCGGUGAUUGUUUUCUGUGCCGGAGGGGCGACGCACAUGCUUGCCCGAAGCAGGAAAACACCGGCCGCACGAAGCCCGGGACCCUGCAGCAGUACGUCAUCGCCGAUGCCCGUUACCUCACCGGGAUACCCGACGAGAUUGCAGACGAGAUCGCUGCCCCGCUGCUCUGCGCAGGUAUCACCAUGGCUGGCGCGCUCUCCAAAGUCCACCCGGAAGUCGGGGACCGCGACUGGCUGGUCGUCUUGGGCGCUGGUGGUGGCCUUGGACAUCUCGGUGUGCAGAUGGCGUCUAGACUGUACAAUCUGCGAGUGAUAGCCGUGGACGCUGGAAGGGAAAAACGCACGCUCGGUCUCUCUUGUGGAGCGGAACAUUUCAUCGACUAUCUUGAGGAAGAUGUAGAAACAAGGGUUAAGGAGCUGACUGGUGGUGAGGGGGCGCACGGGGUUCUGGUGGUGCCAGGAACCAGAGAGGCGUUUGAGGUGGCUCCAAGACUUGUGCGAAACAUGGGGGUCAUCGUCUGCGUGGGGUUACCGCCUCUAGACGUCCAGUUUCCUAUAUCCGCUACCGCUUGCGUAGCACGAGGUUUAGUUAUAAAAGGCUCCUCGGUGGGCACUGAGAGGCAGAUGGAGGAGGUCUUCAAUGACGGCAAUCUACGGGGAGUUGAACCCAAAAUUGAAGUUUUCGAGUUUUCUCAGAUCCCGCAGAUCAUAGAAAAGUUGAAGGUGGACGGGAUCACCGGAAGGGCUAUCGUAAAAAUACCAUCAUAAAAGACCCGUUAUGAAACGCAAGACGUUGGGAAGCAAUUACCAGCAGAUCGUGGGACAAAACGUUGACGUUACUACUGAUGGAAGUGUCUCUUUACCAUUCAGGUCAUGAUUAGGCAAAUUAAACUACGCUAUUAAGCUCA